AUGUCUGAAACCAAUCUCGACUUCGACCAAGUGCAGUGGCUCCUCAACAAGGCGGCCGAAUUUCUCCAAACUCAUCCUCUGGAGAGUUCUAUUGCUCUGGCAUUCGCAUCUAUGGGAGGGUAUGCUGUCAAAAAGCUGAUCGCACCACCAAACUACCCCAACAUCGAUGGUCCUCCAAGUGAUGAUAUUAAUAUUGUGUUUGGCCACUUUGUUAAACUUAAUACCCCCGAAGCCAUUCCAUUCCAUGAUGAGCUGCAAGAUAAAUACGGCUCGGUAUGCAAGCUCAAGGGGAUAUUUGGGAAAGAGGAGCUUUUUGUUUCCGAUCCUCGAUUCCUACACGAGGUUCUCGUCAAAGGCGUAGAUACUGCCUUUAGCCACGAACAAUAUUUCUACGAUUUUAACGCGGCGACCUUGGGUCCAGGCUUGCUUUCAACUUAUGGAAACAUACAUAAGGUGCAACGCAAGAUGCUCAACCCUGUAUUCACCAGCAAACAUAUGAAGUCCCUGGUUUCCGUCUUUGGCGCAAUUGCUCAAAAUACAAAACACUCUAUGAUCAAGGAGAUGGGCGACUCAGGGAAAAAAGAAAUGGAUAUGUUGAGAUGGUGCGGAGCUACUGCACUUGAGCUGAUAGGACAAGCGGGUCUCGGACAUACUUUCGGCAUUCUCGAACAGGGUGACUCGGCAUAUAGCCUUGCAAUCAAGGAUUUCUUCCCUGCUUUUGCCAAGGUCAUCCCCUUGAAGGCUCUCAUACCCUUUUUCUGUCACUUGAGACCUAAAGCAUUACAGCGCAAGCUUGCCGAGUGGGCGCCCGUACCAUCUGUUCAGAGACUUAGGCAUAUCGUCAAAGUCCAGGAUGACCAGGCCCAAUCUAUCCUAGAACUCAAGAAAGAUAGGCUCAAAAGUGGACAGCUUGAUGACGGGGAAGAGUUGCAUGAUAUCAUGUCUAUUCUACUUAAAGCAAACAUGGAGGCAAGUGAGAAAGACCGACUCCCGGAGGAUCAACUCCUUGGUCAGAUGAAUACUUUGAUCCUUGCAGGCCACGAAACAACCAGUGGAGCGCUGACUCGGCUCUUGCAAUUGCUUGCUAUGAAUCAGACGAUACAAGACCACCUCCGUGCCGAGUUGCUCAAAGCAUCAGAGCAACUCACGUACGACGAACUUCAAGAACUACCUUAUCUUGACGCGAUCUGCCGCGAGACGCUGCGACUUUAUCCCCCUUUUGCACUACUCGAGCGGGAAGCGCUCGCGGAUUGUACGGUGCCGCUUAGAUAUCCCAUCAAGGGAAAGAACGGCGAGGAGAUUAGGGAGAUCCGAGUUCGGAAAGGCACAGUGAUCCACGCCGCUAUCGGGCAGGCUAACCGGUCCAAAGAGACGUGGGGAGAAGAUGCAGAUGUGUUUCGACCGGAACGAUGGCUAGAAAAGCUACCUGAUUCGGUGUCGGACUCAAAGACGGCAGGCGUCUAUUCGUCGCUCAUGACCUUUUCUGCAGGUCCCAGGUCGUGCAUCGGCUUCAAAUUCGCUGUGCUCGAGCUUAAGACCGUUCUAUCCACACUCGUCAAAUCGUUCAAAUUUGAGCCUGGGAGCACCAAGGCCGUCUGGCUUAUGGCCGGCAGCAUGCUCCCUUAUGUCGAAGGAACCAAGGAUUUGCUCGGAGAGGGGAUAAGGCCAGCUAUGCCGCUGGUGGUUUCGGUCUUGUAG